GCCCCCCGGCCCCGCGGGUGCUCGCCACGGGGGGCGGGCGGCGCGCCCGCUGCCGCCGCGCCGCAAAGUUGCCGCCGCUUCAUUGGUGUCCCUCAAUCCCUCGCCCUCGAGCCGUGAGUUUUCUGCAUAAAAUACAUUAACGAGCCCUUUCAUUUGCUUGUUCCUUCAGGGUCGCGUGUUAGUUUUGUUGGAGGGGGGUGCAGGCUCUUUAUUACUCGGUGAGAGAGCUGGCAGAUGUCCCAAGUGGGAGAACCUCUUCCUCCGGGGCCUGAAGGGCCAGAGCAAGCUCCGACUGAAAACAGCUCUUUGAUCUCUCUCCCUCGAGAAAUUCCUAUGUAGAAAAUGAAAACAAAAACAAAAAAAAAAAAAAAAAGAAGAAAAAGAAAAAAAAAAAGAUGCACUGAUGUCAGCACCGGAUCUCAGUGCUUGAAAAACUGCAGUCAUUCAGAGGCAGAUGCCGAAAAAACUGACCAAGAGAAUAUUGCGGCAGGAGAUAAAGACAUAAAACAGCCUUCCAGUAACCAAAGUAUACAACCAGAGAUACAAGACCAGUCCGUCUGGGGAAAUUGCACUGAUGGUGACCUCAUCAGAACACAACCUCAACGUUUGCCUCAGCCAAAUACUUCAGCACUGGAAAGGUGUGAGGAAGAAAGUGGCAAAAUCCAAAAUGGCCACGCGGGUCUGAGUAAUGGAAGUGGAAUUCACAGUGGCGUUAAGCAUGCACCUGCAGACAACAGAAAACUUUCGGCUCCUGUUUCAGAAAAAAUGCAUAGAAAAAUUCAGUCCACCUUGUCUGUCAACAGCAACAGCAGCAAGAAGAGUAAAAUAAGCUCUGCGUUUUCUCAAAAGCCAGGUACUUCACCUGAAGAUUGCUGUGUUCACUGUAUCCUGGCUUGCUUGUUCUGUGAAUUUCUCACCCUCUGUAACAUUGUUCUGGGACAAGCAUCCUGUGGCAUCUGCACGUCGGAGGCCUGCUGCUGUUGCUGUGGGGACGAGAUGGGGGAUGACUGUAACUGCCCGUGUGAUAUGGACUGUGGCAUAAUGGACGCAUGUUGUGAAUCUUCAGAUUGCUUGGAGAUCUGCAUGGAAUGCUGUGGGAUCUGCUUCCCAUCAUGAAAUAUUUAUCCCUUUUUAUUUUAUUCUCUGUAAAACUGGAGAGCUUUUCUUUAAAUACAUUUGAAGAAAGACAAGGUAAGGUUUUCACACAAACAACUGGUAUUGCACUGUUAAUACCCUAUAUAUAAAUAUUUUUUUUAAAAGCAAUCCUCAAAUCUGUAUUCUAACACAAAUUGUAUAGUUUUGUAUGUGAAACUCAAGCUACAUUCCAGCUUCCUUUUGGCUUUGCAAAUGGAAGACUUUAUUGAAACCGAAUUAUAGGCCUGGAUACCACAGGCUGUAAGAAGGCGAAAUUGCCAUUCAACUUGAGUGACAGGUUUUGGUCAGAGAAAAGACUACAGGGCAAAGCCUUAAGUGUUUGCCUUUACCUACUUUAAUGUUUAAGUGUUCAAAUGCCUCCAUGCAUAACACGCCUUUACAGGCAUUCUGAAAAGCAAAAUGUCUUUAUUUCAAUCUCUUUGGGUCGAAAGCAACUUUGCUCUGUUAUUUUAAACUUAAUUCAAAAGUCAGCAUCAGGAACCUGGUGUUUUUGCUACAGUGGUCACAUUGGCAAUAUUUGGUUUUUUUUGAAUGUCUCAUUGGUUUGUGAGAGAUGCCUAGUAUUUUCCCUUGUCAAUAUUGAUAGUACCGGAAGAUCUGGCAAACUAAAGUCAAUGUAAGUUUUGCCAUGGACUAGAGUACCAAGAUUUUGUUGUUAUCAAUCAAGACAGAAUAGAGAAUUUAUAUUUUACUUCAGUACUAAUAUUACUUGAAAUGCUUCUUUUUAGAAAGCGACUUUGGAAAUCUGCGUAGACAUGAAAUGUAUCCUUAAACUAACAGACUAAUAAUAGACUAACAAAUCUUAAAAAUUUGGCUGUAAAAGGGAAAUUAUCAGAAGUUAACUCAAGAAUCUAAACCUGUACAUCAGUGACUUUGUUAGUGUUUGUGGCUUUACAGCCAGUAUCACAUGACUUAGUAUUUAUUUCUUCACUGUGUGAGAAAGAUCCACAGAGGAUGGCAGAAUUUGAACAGGGUAUAAAGACCAAAUUAAAACUGACUUGCGUUCAAUGACAAAAUUCCUUGAUCAAAAAGCAAAUGCAAAAAUGUUUAUUCUCUGAUUUUAAGUGUUAUUUUAAAAUAACUGUGUAAAAAAGGGACAUUUAAAAAGUGUAUGGUAUCCUUUAAAAAAUAAAAGGAAUAUGAUUUUAAAUGUUUGAAAAGUAUGGUUAGGAUCCAGUGGGCAACUUUCCCUAUUAGACAGUUAAGGUUUUCUGAGAAAUAUCUUUGUCAUUGUAAUUGUGAAAAGAAUUUGGUCCAGCACUUAGAGGUUUAUGGCGUUCCCAGUUUUAGGGAAUAAUGCUACCCGUUUUCUUUACCAUCUGCUAUUUUCUCCCAUCCAUGUCUGUAGCCCAUGAACUUUUCAGUGUAAACCACCUAUACAUCUUGAUCUCACAUACUUAAACUUUGCUGUUUAGACUCCAGAUUUCUCAUUUAUAGAUUGUUGAAUCUUGUAAAUUUAGGCCUUGCUACAAGAGUCAUCGGUAGCCAAUAGCACAUUUCUAUUGAGUGAAUUGACCAUAAAUGUCUCUUUCCACUGUAGUGAAUUCAGUUUAUGCAAAUGUGACAAGCUAAAGAUCACAGGAGUGUGAAGCUAAGUCAACAAAUGGUCUGAUAUUAACCAAAGCUUCUCCCUGUGAACACUGAUUAGUAGUGCCUACUACUGCAAGUUAUCACUGAAGGUAACAUAGCCAAAUCCUCAACUAUACUAGGGAGCUGGGAGGUGUUACGUUUUCCCUUAACAUCUGCAAUAUUGUGGUGUAUUCUGAUGCAAUGCAGAUUUACUCAGAGGGUUUCUUACCUGGUUUUUGAUAGCUACUACAAGAAUUGAUUCUUAGCGUGGUUUUUUUUCCAUAUAUUGGGCCAGAUUCAGAUGUGUUGCAUAAAUGAAGUGCAUUUCCAUUAAUGUCAGAAUAUUCCAUUGGUUUAGCUCCAGCUAGAGAGCACAAAGAUAUUAUGGUAAUAGGCAGGCUAAUAAGGAAUCAUGUAGUUAAACUGAUAAAUUCCCUAAGCUCAGAAUCAGGCCCAUGGGGCUCAAUUAUGACUCCUAAAAGUCUGAACCACAUUGGGAAGGGGGAAGAGAUGCCUUGGUUGAGUGGCAGUGCCUGGAGGCAUUUUGCCUUUGUAAGGCAUAAUGCCUCUGGGGAAAUUGGGGGCAUCACAGUGAGCACUGGGACUCGAUGCACCUUGGAAACAUGUAGACAGUGCUUUGCCCAUUGUAGGUCUAUGGUUGACACCGUGGUGGUGGUGACAUGCUCUCUGGGGCUAGGCAGCACCAUUACCUGUCCUUCCUUAUGUCCUGGUCACGGAGAGGUGAAUUAUGGAUGUUUCUUGUCUGAUUGUCAUUCUGGGGACAGUGCAGAGGACUUUCCAGUCUCCUGUCCUGCCCGAUAUCUGUGCCCUGCUGGAGCAGUUCCAGUUUUGUGCUUGGAAAACUGCACGUUUGCAUAUCAAGCUUUUAGUGAAUACUGGAUGUUAGUAAAAAUUACUUUUACCACAGGAUGGUACAGGUUGGGUUUGUUGGUUGUUUUUUUUUUUUUUUUUUUAAUCAAUCUAGGGAGUCCCUUCUCUGUGUAAAAGUUUAUUUAUACAGUUUGCUCUGCACAAACCUUUGUUUCUGCUUACGGGAACUGAGAUUAUUUUUUUUUUUGUUGAUUGGAAUUAUGAAAACCUGGGAAGUGUAUUUACUAUUAAUCAUUUACUUCCAGUACUUUUAAAAUACAAAUACUAAUACAGGAACUCUGUUCAUACAUAUAUGCAUAUGUGUACAGACUCUCUCACAUGCACACACAUAUGCAGACAUAUUCUUUUCCCACUUCAUUUGUGAAAUACUAGGAAGUGAAAAUAGUGUUUAUUAACCCUCAUAGUGAUUAGAAGUAUCAAAGUAUUACCAACAAUGGAAAAAAAUUGUGUGAUUUGUUUGACAUUUAAAUGUAAUCUGCUACUAUUUGUCAUAGAGAUAUUAGCACUUCUGUAAAAUGUAUCUUUGUAGCAGAGAAUAUUAGUGUGUAGUUUAAGGAAUUCCUUUCUAUAUUUAUAUUUAAAUUCUGUUUUGUAAUUUUCACUCUAUAGGCAAUCUAUAAGCACCUUGUGUAAUUAAAACAAGCAGAAUUAGGAGGAGACAAAUGUGAAAAUAUAAAUAAAAUUGAAACAUCAGAACGUAACUGUCUAUUUUAUAAUAGUUCUUGUGAACUUGUACAGUGUUUCAGGAUAUAGUUCUGCAAAGUGUUCCAAUUGAAAAAAUGGUUAACUUGCUAUUUGUAUUUUGUAUCAACUGGAUGUGCUCUUCUCAAACACUAUUUUGAAAUAAAGAUCUUUAUUUUGAAA